AUGACACGAAAGGUCUCGAAUUUCUCCGAUCUGAUCCAAAGGGUCACCGCCUCCUGCCUCCUCCACCCCCUCGCCACCGCGGCUAAGGAGGACGAAAACUCGCCAUACGACUCUGAGGAGAACCGGAACGAGGAGUACGAGGAAGAUGAAGAGAAUGAGGAGUACGAGGAGGAAGAGUACGAGGAAGAGAGAGCGGUGGGGCCUUUGAAGGCUCUGAAAGUGAAGCAGAUUGAGGCGCUGAUGGAGGAGGUGUUCGAAACGGUGUCGUCGAUGAAGAGGGCGUAUGUGAGGCUGCAGGAGGCGCAUUCGCCGUGGGACCCGGAGAGGAUGCGGGCUGCUGACGUGGCGGUGGUGGCGGAGCUCCGGAAGCUAGCCGUGCUGAGGGAGCGAUUCCGGCGGAGCGGGGGCGGGGAAGGGAGGAGGAAGGGGAGGAAGAGAGGUGGUGGGGUGGCGUCGGUGAGGGAGGUAGUGGCGCCGUACGAGGCGGUGGUGGAGGAGCUGAAGAAGGAGGUGAAGGUGAAGGAUUUGGAGGUGAAGAAUCUGAGGGAGAAGCUUGAUAGUGCUGUUGCUCUCUCUAGUAAUGGGAGUGGUGAAAAGAAGCCUGGGAGGUCUUUGUCUAAGAGAAAACUGGGAAUUCAAGGUACAUUAUGCUAUAUGCAUCCCCCUUGA